CCCCCCCCUCCCCUUCUUUUUCCUCCCGCCCCUCCAACCGCCCCCCUCUCCCGGAUGGGGAAAAAAAAAAAAGAUGUCAGCUCCUCCGCUGUAGUAUUGCUCCUUAAAAACCCCUCUCUCUGAAAAUGACAUGCCCUCGCAAUGUAACUCCGAACUCGUACGCGGAGCCCUUGGCUGCGCCGGGCGGAGGAGAGCGCUACAGCCGGAGCGCAGGCAUGUAUACAUCUGGGAGUGACUUCAGCUGCGGGGUGAUGCGGGGCUGCGGGCUCGCGCCCUCGCUCUCCAAGAGGGACGAGGGCGGCAGCCCCAACCUUGCCCUCAACACCUACCCGUCCUACCUCUCGCAGUUGGACUCCUGGGGCGACCCCAAAGCCGCCUACCGCCUGGAACAACCUGUUGGCAGGCCGCUGUCUUCCUGCUCCUACCCACCUAGUGUCAAGGAGGAGAAUGUCUGUUGCAUGUACAGCGCAGAGAAGCGGGCGAAAAGUGGCCCCGAGGCUGCCCUCUACUCCCACCCCCUGCCGGAGUCCUGCCUGGGGGAGCACGAGGUGCCCGUGCCCAGCUACUACCGCGCCAGCCCCAGCUACCCCGCGCUGGACAAGACGCCCCACUGCGCCGGGGCCAGCGACUUCGAGGCCCCCUUUGAGCAGCGGGCCGGCCUCAACCCGCGCGCCGAACAUCUGGAGUCGCCGCAGCUCGCGGGCAAAGUGAGUUUCCCCGAGACCCCCAAGUCCGACAGCCAGACCCCCAGCCCCAGCGAGAUCAAGACGGAGCAGAGCCUGGCGGGCCUGAAAGGCAGCCCCUCGGAGAGUGAGAAGGAGCGGGCCAAGACUGCCGACUCCAGUCCAGACACCUCGGAUACCGAAGCUAAAGAGGAGAUAAAGGCAGAAAACACCACAGGAAAUUGGCUGACAGCAAAGAGCGGAAGGAAGAAGAGGUGUCCCUAUACUAAACACCAGACGCUGGAAUUGGAGAAAGAAUUUCUGUUCAAUAUGUAUUUGACGCGAGAGCGCCGCCUGGAGAUUAGCAAGACCAUUAACCUUACAGACAGACAAGUCAAAAUCUGGUUUCAAAAUCGCAGAAUGAAACUCAAGAAAAUGAACCGAGAGAAUCGGAUCCGGGAACUGACCUCCAAUUUUAAUUUCACCUGAGCGCGGGGGCCUCCCCUCCCCCUCCCCCUUCCUUCCUUUCCCCGCCCCUCCUCCCUUUGUGCCUGGUGAUAUAUUUUUUUUUUCCUCCCUGAGUAUAAAUGCAACGCGCCUGCAAAAAAAAAAGGCAAAGACCUCAGACUCUCCUCCAAGGGACCUAUGGUUUGUGCUGUGAGGAUGCCUCCAUCUAAAGCCUGAGAAACGGGGUGCCGGGGUGUGCAGGGUGGGGUGUGUCCUUGUAGGUGGGGGUGGGAGUGUGGCUGGUGUGUGUGUCAACCCCUCACUCCCCCACGCACGCACACACAGCAUUCUGUUCUCCAGAAUGUUAAAGUUAAGACUGAACCCACCCGGUUGUAGGGGAAAAACAGGCAGAGGGAGGGUCUGUAAUCUCGGAGAGCACAUCAGAAUCGCUUCUUGUUGCUGCGUCCCCUCCGUAGAAUAAUAGACGUUUGGGAAAGUUCCACUAGUGUUUGUGUGUUUGUCGUAGCGCCCAGUGCCUCCACCAAACCUCCUCGUGUCUGUGCCUCCCAGUCGCUCUGAGAAUCUGCUCGAAGUCUUGUAUUCCUACUGCCUUCUGCUUUCCUCCCGUCUCUCCCAGCACCCCCACACCCCCAUUCACUACCAUCUCAGAAAUUCCAAACAGAGGAACAAAAAAAUUAAACAUAGAACAUAGCAAAGCAAAGGCAGAAUGCCCGCCCCUCCCCACCCCUGCCCACACACCCUCCAAAAUUGCCCUGUCCCUGUCUGGGAGUUGUGUUAUUUAAAGAUAUUCUGUAUGUUGUAUCUUUUGCAUGUAGCUUCCUUAAUGGAGAAAAAAAAUCCUAAUAAAUUUCCAGAGUCGUAAUCCUGAAA